GGUAAAUGCGCCUGUGCAGACAGCCGAUGCACUCCAGUAAGGUUUCAAAAGGGUAUUACUUUAAAAGUGCCUAACUAAACCUACUUCAUGAGCCCAAAAGACUAAACGAAAACGGCAAUGGACUGUACGAUUAAGGAAGCACUGUCAGUCGUGAGUGAGGACCAAUCCAUUUUCGAGCCUGCCUACAGCGCCGCCCAGGCCAUGCACAUGAAGGCAGAGAUCAUCACCACCACGUCGGCCGUGACUUCCACCACGCCCGCCGCCGCCUUCCGCCAGAGUUCCGAGGAGAGCUCGGAACCCCCAGAGCCCGACUGGGUCGCGUCCGCCCCACAGAAUGCUGGUAAACGAGUGGAACAUGUCAACGGAACCAGCCGUGAGUCCCCAGUGGACUGCAGUGUGACGAAGAGGAGUCGGCACAUGAGCAACACGGAGGGGGGGCAGCCUCAUCAACAGCAGCAGCCGCCGCCACAGCUGGCCUACCAGGCGUCCUCGUACCCGGAGCCCCGCACCAGCCCCCACACCACCACCACCACCCCCACCACUGCCAGCCCCCCCAGCAGCGGCCCAGAGGAAAAGAGGGUCAUCGUUCCGGCAGACCCGGAGGUGUGGACCCAGGACCAUGUGCGGCAGUGGGUCGACUGGGCCAUCAAGGAGUACGGCCUCCUGGAGGUGGACGUGGGCCUCUUCCAGACGCUGGACGGCAAGGCGCUCUGCAAGCUGUCCAAGGAGGACAUGAUGCGCCUCACCUCCGAGUACAACACCGACAUCUUGAUGUCGCACCUCAAUUACCUCAGACAGAGCAGCCCUACCUUCUCUUAUCCCACAACGCCAACCAACACACCACAACAACCCAGACUACAAGUCAAAGCAGAAAACAACUUUGAAGAAAUGAGCAGAAGGAACAGCUGGUCAUCAAGCGUCAUGCCUGCAGUUCCAAAGGUAGAGCCACAGCACACAAGAGUAACGGAGCCUCCACCAAGAAUUGUUCAAGACCCAUACCAAGCAUUAGGUCCAAUCAGCAGUCGACUGGCCAAUCCCGAAUCCCCACUGCCAUAUAGCAAGAGCCAGACAGCCAAAGUCAGUUCACAAAGAGUGAUCAGCAUUGGCCCUCACAAGAUUGUGGGCUCAGGUCAGAUCCAGCUGUGGCAGUUCCUGCUGGAGCUGCUGUCCGACAGCAACAACUCCAACAUCAUCACGUGGGAGGGCACCAACGGCGAGUUCAAGAUGACCGACCCGGACGAGGUGGCCAAGCGCUGGGGCGAGCGCAAGAGCAAGCCCAACAUGAACUACGACAAGCUGAGCCGUGCGCUGCGCUACUACUACGACAAGAACAUCAUGACCAAGGUGCACGGCAAGCGCUACGCCUACAAGUUCGACUUCCAAGGCAUCCACCAGGCGCACCAGAACCACAGCGCCGCCGAGGGCGGCAUGCUCAAGUACCCCGGCAGCGACUUAGCGACCUCCGCCUACGUCUCAUCCUACCACAACCACCAGCCCAAGAUGAACUUCAUGGCCUCACAUGCGCCACCCAUGCCCGCGUCCACAGGGAACUUCUUCACGGGGCCACCUACCUACUGGAACUCUGCCUCAGGGGGGAUGUACCCGGCCGCUGCGGCCGCCAUGCCCCGGCACCCCGCCACCCACGGCCACCUGGCCUCAUACUACUGAUCAUGAUGACCUCUUAGAAGACAUCAGUGACACAUCACCAAAGGAAUGGAGGGGAAAAACUGAGGCGUCUUGACUUUGAGAAGUCCAAAAGAGUUUUAGUUGUUAGCAAGUGGACUUCCAGUCUAUUACAACAACUAAACGCUUUCGAUAACAUGAACUGGAUGAAUGAGAAUGUCCACAUAUAGUACAUUCUGAUUUUGAAAAGGUUAACUCCAGGACAGUGAACAGGUGCCGGCCUACUUGGAGUCAAUGCUAUGGAUCUUAAACAUCUCUUAAACACUGCACAACUCAAAGCAAGGACAUAAUUGUAACCUUUUAUUGAAACAUGGGCCAGCAUGUUUUUUUAACUGAUCAGUGUUGGUUGUAGGAGGAUUUUUUUUUACAUUCCAUGGUCUUUGCAGCCUUAUAUUUCUGCCCCAAAUUGAGGGUGCAUACACUGUUAAUGCAUAGCCUUGGGAGUGUGUGGGAAUGCCUGGAUUUAGUCCUGGUUAAAUUUUGGGCACCUGUCUUAGUUCUUUUACUCAUGUCCUGACACUGGCUGUAGGUGGCGAGGUUACUCUACUGGGUUGUACCCCACAAGGCAUUACAGUUGACGCCAUCGCUGCACCGUAGCUUGCCAAGUUUAUAUUCAAAGUAUACUUGUAUGUAUACUAGUAUGUUUUUAAGCAGUCGACAAAUAUUUUGUAUAUAUAUUUUUUAUUAUACUGUGCAAUGAUGGGUGAUCAACACUGUAUAAAAGCGGUUUGUAAUGUUAACGGUUUCGGAAUGUCAAUUAUCUUUGUGUAUAAGACUUGUACCAAUGUAUCCUGCUCAGGACACAGAGGGCCUAUACUACAAAGCUGGUUCAGGAUAAGUUAAGGUUAAGUUAAGAGGUAAAUCAUCUAAUACAAGAGCUUUUCUUAAGAAAAUGAAAUGAGGACUCCAGGCUCUUCUACUUGAUUAUUUACCUCUUAACUUAACCUUAACUUAUCCUGAACCAGCUUUGUAGUAUAGGCCCAGAGUAUCUAGCCAGUGUCAUCACUGCCACACAUGUUAAACAUUCUACAACAGUAUUAAUGUUGAAUGAAUUAAACCAAGAUUGUAAUUGUGUAAUUUUUGUGUAAUUCCAAGGCUCAUCAAAUAAAGUAACAAAGCACAUCCUCAUAUGAAAACUGUACACAGAACUGUAAAAAACACUUUUUUCUAUGUUGUAGAUAUCUUUUUGUAACACGCUUACUUGUAUCAUUGCCUUUUACAAUAAACUAUAACUUCCCAGGAAGAAUUAUUCGAAAUUGCUCACCUUUAUCAAGGUAUGGAAAAAACCCACUACACUCAACAUUCCCUUAUAAAUUACAUAAGUUAUAUAAUUCAUAUAUUCAGUAAUCUUUUUUGUGUGCUUACAUUCACUUCAUUACCAAAAGUAUUGGCUCCCUGCCUUGACUCACAUGUAUGAACUGAACUGCCAUCCCAUAGAGUUCAAAAUGAUAUCGGUCUACCUUUUGCAGCUAUUACAACUUGAAUUCAUCUGGGAAGGCUACCCAGAAGGUUGCAUUGCACUUCGUAUGUAUGGCUUGGAUGCAGCUGCUCGACUAUGGAAAUCCAUUCAAUGAAGCUCUCUGCGUACUGUACUUGGGCUAAUCUGAAUGUCACGAAGUUUGGAGCUUUGUGGUAAUUGGCUAUGCAGAAAGUUGACCACCUCUUUGGACUAUAUGCACCUAAGCGUCCAUGGAGCCCUCUCCAUCAGUUUACGAGGCCUAACACUUCAUGGCCGAGUUGCUGUUGUUCCCAAACUCUUGAAUCCUCUUAUAAUAAAGCCAACAGUUGAAUGUGGAAUACUUAACAGCGAGGAAAUUUCAUGACUGGAUUUGUUGCACAGGAGAAUACCAUGACAGUUCCACGGUUUAGCGUAUACGCCUUUGGCCAGGCCAGGUGAUUAGGACACCCAAUUUUGAUUAGUGAAUAUGUUUGGUAAUAUAAUGUAGGCUAUAUAAAACAUCAUCCUAACCUGGUAG